AUUGCUCAUGUGGCUCCAGGGGUCUGCUAGGUUGAUGUUCUCUUUUAAACCCAAAGUGAAAAGAAAAAAUCAUCAGAGAAUCAAACUAGAAACAGAGGGAGAGAAACUGCAUCUGAUUAUCAUUUCUUCUGCUUUGAGAUUAGCAAAUGGCUGCCACUGCAAUGACCACUCUCCCUCAGUUCAGUGGGCUAAGACCCAGAAUUUCUGCAGCUCCGGUUAGGAGCCUGGCAGCGGUUCAGCCAAUGAGGCGCAAGGGGAAGGGAGCUUUGGGUGCUCGCUGUGGUUACAUUGGUUCUCCCACAAAUUUGAUAAUGGUGACAACAACAAGCCUUAUGCUCUUUGCUGGGAGAUUUGGGUUGGCUCCCUCGGCAAACAGGAAGGCCACUGCUGGGCUGAAGCUCGAAGCAUGGGACUCCGGGUUGCAGACUGGUGACCCUGCUGGUUUUACUCUCGCAGACACCUUGGCUUGUGGCUCUGUUGGCCACAUUAUUGGUGUUGGGAUUGUUCUUGGCCUUAAGAACAUUGGUGCUCUGUAAAAAUUAAAAAAUAAAAUAAAAUUUAAGCACUGUUUUUUUUAAUUUGAA